GAGUGGCGAUAUGCUCUGUGGUCGUGACCAGAUGAUGUCAAUGUCAAUAAAUUGACAUCGUUGUUCGGCAAUCGGCAGUGGUGGUGUUUUGGGUCUCAAAUUCUAACAACAAAGUACAUUUCCUCGCAUAUUUCUUCAAUCAGUGCAGCAUGGGUCGCCGUAAGUCUAAACGAAAGCCUCCUCCAAAAAGAAAAGCGAUUGAACCACUAGAUCAGCAGUUCAACUGCCCGUUUUGUAACCACGAAAAGUCCUGUGAAGUGAAAAUGGAUCGGGCUCGGAAUACGGCACGGAUACAAUGUCGAGUUUGUUUAGAAGACUUUCAGACGACAACAAAUGUGUUAUCGGAGCCUAUAGACGUUUAUAACGAUUGGGUAGAUGCAUGCGAAAGCGCCAACUAGUUUUAUGACAUUGGUUACUUUAAGUUAUAAUAAUAAUCUCGCAAUGUUUAAGUCUGCUGUAGAAGCAUUUUCAAGCUUAAGUUCGUAAUUAUAUGUGAUAAUAUGUAUCAAUGUCUUAUUACUAUUAUUGACUAUUUACUGGUGAUAUUUAUACCUUGUGACGAGCAACAUAUGAAGUGUUUUGUAAUGAUGUGUCAAAAACGAUAUGGAAAAUAAACACUGAAAGAACA